UUUUAAAAUAUCAUCGCGCGCUUUCUGCUUUUUAAAUUUUAAAUUAUUUCGACCGCAGUCCGUUCUAGAAGCCGUUUAAAUCAGCGUAGAGCCUUUAAAAACAUAUUAUGGCUUCUCCCUAUUUAACAUCCUACCAACAGGACUAUUAUUGGCAAGAGUGUGAACGUGAAACGCCACGUAACGAGUACGAAAGAAGAUUAGUUUGGUCCAAGUGUCCGUGGCGUUAUUACCCAAAAGUCGGACAAACCGAGUUCACGCGACAGUAUCAACCGUGGGGUAUUCUUCCACGUUGGCCCCAUCUUUUUACUAUCGAAGAAGUUCACGAGCAUCCUCGAGAUAGAAAGCAUACAGGAGGGCAUUUGAUAUCGAAAUCCUUGGAUAAUUUAGGAAAAGAUGACGACUACAUCCCCGCGCGUUACGAAGAACACUCGAGAAGAGUGCGACAUCAUUUAACACUUCCUCCGAUAGAGAAAGAUGCGUUUAAAUCCUUGCCAUCGCCAGAAAUUUGCCAAAGUUCUUUCAGAGCACCCAUAUGGUGCAGAGGAGAAUUGGAAAAAAUUCCAAGAAAGAAUGAAGAUAAAGCUGUUCGUAUACAUCAACCGCGAUACCCGUUCGAGUAUCCAACUUGGGAGAGUGUAUACAUGUACGAUUAUAAAUGGGAUCUGCAGGCCGAUUAAACGACCAAAAAAAUAAAAAACAAAUAAAUCAGUUGGCAUCUACAAAAUUAACAUAAAAUUAGCAUCGAUUAAACCGCUCUUCUAAUCACUUACAGCGCAUAUAAAUUAAAAUGUAAAGUUUAUAUUCCCGAAUAAACACUAGAUAAACGUUAAAA